AUGAGAAGCCCCAGCUCAACUGCACGGAGUGAAUCCGUUGCGAGUGCACAAACGGCACACGAAACAUUGGGCGGCUCCGGAGAACCGGGGGCAGACAGAGAGGUGGGCCAGUCCCGUGCCACGCCGUUCUUCUCUCCAGAUCUUCCUGUUUCGGAGAGGACAACCCCGGCUGACUCUGCCGGACGUAAGCCCGCCACUGGGUCACAAGCAGUGAAGCCUCUCGGGACUGACGGGAAAGCGCUUUCCACAGGUCAUCGCGUCCUGCAAGAUUCUUCGGGUCAAGUGGGAGAGGAUGGAAUUCCUGGAAGGGCAGUUCCAGAUACGCCUCGGAGUGGAGACAUGCAAACAAAUACGGUGGACGCGUGGACAGUUGGGAGAGGUUCGACGGAAAGGAGCAAUUUAGUUACGGAGUCACAGAGGGAGACGCUUGCGGGCAGUCCAGUGGGGCCUCUGCCAUCAGGCCGUGAAUCUUCUGCGACGUCUCCAGUGACCAACGACUCUACAGAAGAGGUGGCAACUGUCUACAUGCAAGCAGGACGUUCCACGGAUAGGUCGACCGUUCCCGACGUAGAUUCAUCACUUGUACCUGACGAAGAAGUCAAAAAAGAGGCAAAUACGCCCAUGCCUCAACAUCCUCGCAUCUUGCCUCUCAAAGUAAAGGGCGCGCCUCUACUGACUGACAAGACAGAGGCAGCCGCCAAGCUUCCACAAAAAAGAAGCGAGGAAGUCCCUAGCGGUGGAGCACCGCUAGGCGCGGGUGCUGCUGUGGCGGCUGGGGCUGCUGCUGUCUUCGCGGGCUCGCCGGGUUUCGCCUAUGCUUUCCCAGGACCUUUGGCAUCGGAGGAUGGAAAGGUAGCCGAAAUGAUUUUUUUUUCUGGAAAGCAGUUUGAACAGGAACAUCGCACUACUGACCUGGUAGGCAAAAGGCAGGCAGGGUACCGUUCGCAACCUUCGGCUGCUAUGUGGGUCGGUCCGUUCGAGAGGAAGGCGCCAGAGAAACCUGAAGAGCAUCCGCUGUCACAAGAGGCAGGUGUGGACAUAAUCGAGGCAGGUAGUAUGGAAGGCCUGCCAAUGAAGCACCCCAUUGACGCGACGUACGGAGUAGAAGGCACUGAAACAGGAAAUGUGGAAUGGACGCCGAUGAAGAAGCGUGAACACAAGACGCCAUCGGCGUCGUAUGUGCCGGCGACAGGGCGGGCGUUCCUGCAUGCUUCGGAAAUGGGUGUGACGGGAGCUGGGCAGAAAGGUGAUCCUGACGGAAUACUGGCACAUCUGGCUAAUGGAGAGGAUGCUCGAGGUGUGGAGAAAUCUAUCGGACAUUCAGGUCGGCUUCCAUUCGACGCCAUAGAUGUGUAUCCGGCACUUAUGCAAGACGCACCACCUCGACGAUCAGGCUUCUUCGGUGCGCAGCAGGGCAUAGACCGAUCAACCCCGCCACCCAAUUUCCCCGACGGGGUGUGGGGGGCAGAUGGGGCAAAAUAUUUGAUUCAACAGGCGCUGACUGAAGACUUGAAGUCGCUACCUUCAAAACCACGUUCCAGCGAGUCGCUGGACUCGGAACUGAGGUUUAUGUUUGGUUUACAAUGGCUGGGUGAGGCAGGCGAGGAGGUUCGGGGGCGGCGAAAAGCUCAAGGGAAAGUGCGGAGCAGACGAGACCUGAGGAAGCACUUCAAAACUAUGCAACACCUCCUCUCAGAUAUCCACGUAAAACUUGGCAGUUACGAAAAAGCCGGUCUAGUGCCCCCCACGGCUCCAUUCAAACAGCUGUAUGAAUUCUUGGCAAGCAUGUACAAGGAGAUGAAACGGAUUGACGCGUCUCUAACACCUGGCGCAACUGCAUCUGGACAAACUCUCGACGCAGGAUCUUCAACUGCCGACAAGCCAGAACACGGCUUACUACCGGGCUCGGCCUCGACUUCGCUGCCGAGCGCUGUAGUAAGCGCAAUAGGUGCACAACACGGCAAUCUCUUUUUCCGCCAACAGCCGGGCGAGUCAGGCUCUUCUGUAUUCGCCGGCUUUGGGGGCAGAGACCCCAGGAGACGCCGUCUCACAGACAAGCACGGGAGACAGCUUAUCGAUGAGGCAUACGAAACGGCGUCCAAUAUGGUUUUCCUAUUAACUAAGCUCCGAGCCGAUUUGCAAGUGUACGCUGUGGAAAACCAAAUGUGUGCUCUAAUGCACGGCAAUGGUGAAUGCGGUGCAGGAGGGAAAAGACGGGGUCCGCCUGCGUCGUCGAAAGAGCUCGUCGCGUCGCACAGAAGGCUUAUGACUCGUAUCUUGGACAACCUCGCCGCAGGUGCCAAGGCGGUAUCAAAGCGUCGAUUGCAUGCCAACGCUGUCAUACAGCGUGUGGCUGCCACUGCGUCGGAGGAGUUCCGCAGCAUGGCACGUAAAUACAUGCUCGUACUCGAAGGACUCCACGUACGCUACGUCUUGCAAAUGCAACUCUACCGAAACAAACUGGAGAUGGGACCUGUGUAUUUCCCUCCUGACGACCCCUACCCAUCGCUCUUACCAUCUCCACAAUAUAAGGACACGGAGUACGGAGAUACUGGAGACGAGGACACGAUCCAUCUACCUUACCGAAGGAAACGCAUUAACAGUGUGUCUUCAAUAGAAGACGACCUUUCCAACGAGUUUUUGGAAUCGAGUUGGAGGCGGACGAUAAGCGAGAGCGUUCAGGGAUCUCCUCGUAGUGAUGGCCUCUGGCUGGAAAAGGAUCGUCGAAACGCUGUGUACCAUAUCAGCAACAAGCGACUGAGUGCCAGUAUUCAUACUGCCACCCUCGCCAGCCUCAACGAGUAUCAGAGUAUACAGCGGAAGAUAGGGGAGUUUAGUGGUAUGCAGGGCGCCUUCUUCUUCCCCGGUCACGUUACAGAGCACGUGUUUUUAAAGGAUGGCUUUUGGACUGGUGCAGAUGCCUCUGUUGGAAAUGCCCUAUAG